ACAAGGAGAAAAUCAGUGAAAAAAAUGGCAACCCAAAAUUACAAUCUGGUGACGAAAAUUUUAGGAUCAGUCGCCACUUGGCUCAUAAACAAAAAAGUUAAUUUCGAGCCCUGUCAAGCUCCUGUUGUGGAGCACAUUUAGUAGAAUCUCACUGCAAAGAUUUAAACAUUUUUGAUGCAAAUUGGCUGAAAUAUCUUUCUUCAUCAUAUUGAUCAAAAUUUGGUUGAGUUUAUGAUGUCAUCACUUGGCCAAUUUGCAUAUAAUCCCUGGAAUGAAAAGAGACAUUUGAAAAAAGUAAACAGCAUUUUUCUUCUCGAACAUACUACUCGUUUAUGCUUUAAAAUGGCUGAGAUAGGAAAGAUGUGAAUUUCAUCAUAGUAGGACUUUAAAACUGUUUACAAUAUUUUUAAAAACACAUCAGAAAGCUAUAACGGCAUGAGCAUAUCCACAGGACCUAAAUAGUACAAGCUGUGGACUGAAAAGGUUAAGAUUAAUGUCUUUUUAUAACUUUUGUAGGUUUCAGUACCACAGUUCGCUCAUCAGACACUCAAGAAACUGCUCUGCAUCGAUGUGUUCUCUGUUUACACUAUACUAAAAUACGACGUCUUAAGGAAAAGAUUAGGCAGAUGAUAAACUUGCUGCAAGAUUGUCUGCCACUCCAGGAUAAGGCCUUGCAAACACCUCUUCAUGCAGCUGCAACAAAGCUUAUAACUGGCAAUAAGUCAGACUAUUAUGAGGAGUGCUUAGGGCAAAUGGUGGCAAAAGCAGCACAAAUGCCUGCAAAGACGGCAGAAAUAUUGAAUGCCAGGGACUUGCAUGGCAACACAGCACUACAUUAUCUUGCACAAAAUGAGAUUGGGUUGGUCUCCCUUCGUGCCAUAGUUGAUGCUGGAGGAGACAUAUCAGUAAGGAAUAAAAAGAAAUUGACCCCCCUGAAUAUAGCAAUGAAUAAUGGUUGCACACGUGUCAUUAAGACCCUGUCAACUGCUGAGAAAAACUCCCGGCAUUCUUCGCGUUAUGACAGUAGCAUUUACACCACUGAUAGUCCUCCUGAGUCACCAGUGAAUCCCGAAAGACUUGAGAAUUCCCAGAAGAAGCAGAUCCAUGUUGAACAUUCUUACAGUCUUCCUAAGGGCACUUCCUCACUUGACACAGAUGGCUCAGCCCUAGAGUGCGCAGAAGACUCUUCUUUUAGUACCACUGAAGAAGAAGCUUCUGAUGAGGUACCUUUUGGUGUCACUGAAGAUGAGGUGCCUACUGGUUCUUCUGAGGAGGCCCAUACAGACAAACCAAGUGAUGUUCCCUCUAGUGACAUAGAUGAUCCCUCUUCUUGUGUCACAAGUGAUUCUCCUGCUGAUGUUACAGAUGAUGGCCCAUCUGGUGUCAAAGAUGAUGCCCGAUGUGGUGCCACAGAUGACACUCCUGGUGUUGCCAACAAUUCUCCUUCUAGUGACACAGAAAGUGCCCCUUCUGAGGUUGGAGAUGAGUCCUUUUCCAGUGACACAGAUAGAGACCCUUUUGGUGUCCCAGAUAAUGCCCUUGCUUGUGUCCCAGAUAAUGCCUCGGCUGGAGUCCCAGAUACUGCCCCUGGUGGUGUUACAGAUAAUGCCUCUGUUGGUGUCCCAGAUAAUGUCCCUGCUGGUGUCCCAGUUAAUGCCCCUGCUGUUGUUACAGAUACUGCCCCUGCUGUUGUUACAGAUACUGCCCCUGCUGGUGUUACAGAUAAUGCACCGUCUGGUGUCCCAGAUAAUGGCCCAGCUGGUGUUCCAGAUAAUGCCCCUGCUGAUGUGCCAGAUGAUGCCCCUGCUGGUGCUACAGAUGAAGCCUCUUCUGUUAUUACAGAUAAUGGCCUUUCUGGUACUGGGGAUGUUCCUUCUGGUAAUUUAAACACCAUUGUGGAGACCCCACCAGCAGCUUGCCAUGACCCAUAUGAGGAAAGUGAUACUGCCUUGUCAGAUUAUAGAGAGGAGAUCCCUUCAGAUAAUGAAAGUGAACUGGCAGAUCACUAUCCAGCAUGUGCUAUUGGUGUUCAGACUCCAGGAAUACAUCCAUACUCUUGUAUUGUCCACAUCAAGCAAGAGAUGGUAUCUCCAUGUGAAAAGUGCAGACAGGAAUCCAUGGGUGAAAUCACAUCCUCGCGAGAACUGCUUCAUAAUGGAACUACCAAUGACUUCGCAAGCUCAGUUGUUAAUUUGUUAAAGGGAGCAGGGCUGCUAGGAAACUUAGCAGAGAUUGCAGAGAAGAAAAGAGCCCAAGAUGAACAUGUGCUAACAGAUAAGCUGGAAAUGGUUAAAGAAACAAACAAUGAACUGGAAAGCAGCGAGAAGGAGAUUGAAGAGAAAAAGAGUAAAAUUGAGGAAAUGCUACUUGAAGUAGAAGAAUUAAGGAAGCAGGUGAAGAGAAAAGCAGAAGAAAGAGAAGAACUGUUUACCAAGAGAAAGCGUCUCAAUGAUGAAUGCAAUAUACUACAGAAAAAGCUUCACUGUUGUGACAGCUUGUUAAAAGUUGUUCCCAAAGUUGAUGCAGACACCUCAAACAGCUAACAAGGUGAAAAGACCAGAAACACCACAAGGUCCUAACUACAGCAAGCACAUCACCACUGUUUAUAGGUCUAGAUAGUCCCCAAGUCCCUCUCUUUUUUUUGUUGUUGUUGUUUUUUGCAACAUACAAUGCCCAUUCAUUGAUUUUUGUAUAUUUUGUCUUUAAAUUGCACAAGGCGCUGUUUAGACUUUAAGGUCAUUCCUCACAUUUGCAUUGCGCAUCCUUACUGUGCAUAAUUUAUGGCGUCAUUAG